AUGGCACAUAAGAAAUCACUUGAAGCACUUAACUUCACACUGAAGGAUCUUCGGAGAAAUAACAACAUCUUUGGCGGCUUGAUGAUAUUGUUGGCAGGCGAUUUCAGGCAGACGUUGCCAGUAGUUCCCCGUGGAACGCCUGCAGAUGAAUUGAAUGCUUGCCUAAAGGCAUCACCUUUAUGGAAUAACGUAAAAACAUUAUCGCUAACCACUAAUAUGAGAGUUCAACUUCAAAAUGAUCAAAGUGCUGCACAAUUUUCCAAACAAUUGUUAGAUCUUGGAAAUGGAAAAGUCCCAGUUGAUGCGACAUCUGGAUUAAUUACUCUUACCAACGACUUUUGCCGAUUUGUAGACACUCAAUUAGUUCUUAUUGAAAAUGUUUUCCCAAACAUUAGUGAGAAUUAUAAGAAUUAUGCUUGGUUAAGUCAACGAGCAAUUCUUGCAGCAAAGAAUAAUGAUGUCCACGCACUGAAUUUCACCAUUCAAUCAAAAAUUGCUGGCGAUUUGGUGACAUACAAAUCCGUUGAUUCAAUAACAAAUCCCGAUGAUGUAGUAAAUUAUCCAACGGAGUUUUUGAACUCUCUGGAGAUACCAGGAUUUCCACCACAUAACUUGCAACUGAAAGUUGGUACAGUUAUUUUGAUACUGCGUAAUUUGAAUCCACCGCGACUUUGCAACGGUACUCGACUUUCGGUAAAGAGACUUAUGCCGAAUUUAAUUGAGGCAACCAUUAUUAACGGAAAGUACGCAGGUGAAAAUGUAUGUAUUCCUCGAAUACCAAUGAUUCCGACUGAUCUUCCGUUUGACUUCAAACGAUUGCAAUUCCCAGUUCGCCUUGCGUUCGCAAUGACAAUUAAUAAGUCGCAAGGCCAAUCGCUUAGUGUUUGCGGGAUAAAUUUGGAAAAUCAUUGUUUUUCACAUGGACAGUUAUACGUUGCGUGUUCACGAGUUGGGAAACCAUCCGCUUUGUUUGUGUUAACGUCAGACCAAAAAACAAAAAAUGUGGUUUACCAAAGAGCACUACAAUGAAACAAUUAAAUAACACUUCAUUUUAGUAGGUAAUUGAAAUGAAUUUAUUACUGUUGUGAAAUGAAAUAAAUAUUUUCCUUUUCAAAUAUAUAACAAAAAAAAAUUUUUUUUCUUUAUCUUUUAAUCACCAAACGAAAUGUUACAUAAAACGAAUCUGGUGGCGAAACGGAGUUCGCCGGGUCUGCU